AUGAAGUUCAACGGCAUAAUUCUUUCGUUUUGUGCGGCUGCGGCCGCUGCACCUCUCGCUGACGUCCGCGGCAACCUCUCGGCUACUGCCGCAUCUGCGGUCAUGCCGUCUGCGCCGAGCGUGUCCAACAAGCUCACCGAGCUCCUCGGGCCUUCGCUGACCAGCGUUUCCAAUGAGCCCGUCGAGCCCUCGGUGACCACUACUCCCCACGGGCGGAUUAGGAUCCAGCGCGCCCUGCCGCCGAAGACAGACGUCGUCGUCGCCAAGGCCGAGCAGAUCCUGUCCGAGGCUGAUGGUCCAGCUCAGUCGGCGGCCCAGGCUGACAUUGGGUCCGAAAUCGAAGCCAUCAUCGGCCUCCUGGACGACACUGCGGCAGCUGUGGCAGAUGACAAGCGGAGCCGCGAGCUGCUCAAGGAUGAGAAGCGUCGCAUUUCCGCGGUGGUCGCCAGACUCGACGAAACGCUCGCCUCUGCCGGCCAGCUGAAGAUUCUCCACGCCGCAGACAAGCGCGACAGCGCUGCCCUGGUGCGCCAAGUCAGCAACGUCGAGGCCCAGAUCAAGAAUGUCCUGGCAAAGCUUCGGGAGGCCGUUGGCGGCGACGACGCUGCGGCCGUCGAUGCCACGCACGGCCUGCUUGUUGAGCUGCUGGGCCUGCUGACUGCAAAGAAGGAGGCUGAGGUCAUCGUCGGUGCUGACGGGGGUGCUUGA